GCUCACGUCCCGAGAAAAGAAAAAAAUGAAUCCAACUUAACUAAAAAUGGGUAUGAAAAAGGAAAUAUAGCGCCAUGAAAAUUCUCAUCUAGACAAAGCAACGAAAAGUAGCAGAGAAUCCUCUAAAAUAUGAAAACAAAAGAACUUCUAACCGCGCGCAUUGAAUAGAGGGAAGCUCUUCAUCACGAAGUCCAAGUGAAUAGAGCAGUUGUAGGUACAUUAUUCAAUUCAACAUAAUAACUUUCUUGCGCACAAAUUCAAAUCUUUAUCUUUUGAAAUAAAAACUACAGCAACAACUUCUACAUCUUCAGCCACCAGGAUGUAUUCAGGAGGUAGCCUCGGAGGAGGUUUCGGUGGCUCGCCGAAUGACGACCCGUACGCAGGGAUCGUUUUUGAUACAAGUGGUGCGUCAUUUUCUUUUCCAUUCGACGAACCGAAGAACCAAGGGACGAGCAGUCUAAACAUUGUUUCGCCAUCACCGGAGAAAGGGGUGGGCGGAGGGAGAGGUACUGGAUUCGUCGUGUGAUUAAAUUUUUGGAUUUUUUGUGGAUUUAGACAAUAGAUACCAAGUGACAGUACUAGAAGGACGAUGUACUACUAUUUUCAAUGUUACUAAUACUAGUCUAGAGAAAUGUUGACGCUGGCUAAUUAUUUACGUUAGUACCCUUGCUCGACGUUUAUGACGACAACCACAUCACCCACAGGAGGAGCCUCAGCGUCAUCUCGGAUUGUCGUAGCUGACUCCUCAUCUGAAUCGGAUGAGGAUUUUCAAACUCUAGAGGCUUUUUUAAACAGCGGAUCCAAGAAAAAGGAAAACCAAGUGACUGCGAAAGCUCCAGGUAUUACAUUACAUUGCAUUACAUUGCAACAAUUCUUGGAUAGAAGGAUGAAGCUACAAGCAACUUCAUUUUUUUACUACAUUACAAAGAACGAGAUCCAUCUGCGGCUACAGGAAGUAGAGGUUCUUGUUGUAGUCUACCUUAUUGUCCUCAGUGCAACUACUUUCUUCACCCGCACCUCCACCAACUACAACAAGUAGUAUUCGCUCAUCACAGGCGCCAGUAUCCUCCGGACAAACAGCGAUAUCGAAAGAGGAUCCAACAAAACGCUUCGGUGGUCUAUUGACGGGAUUUCACCUACAUCUCCACCACCUCCAGUUGCUACCAAUACAACUGCAAAAGCCUCUUCAAAAACUAGUAGUGCUGAUUCUGGAUCCGGAGUUAGUUCUGGACCAGGAGUUAGUCGAAAAAAUGGCGGGACGACGACGAAAGGAGGAGACCCCAACGAUCUUAUCGCAGAUGAAGAUCAUGCAAGUGGCGGUAGUGAUAGUCGUUCGAAUUCGAGGAAAUCGUCAAAAGACUCCGCAUCAUCGUCUAAAGCCUCCGCUGAAGAUGAUGUAGUUGGUGGCUCAAUUUUUGGCCGAGUCCAGAAUUGGGCGGACUUUCAACGUGGCGGGUCGUCUUCAUCAACGAUGAAUGUUAAAAGUUCUUCCACCACUACUGGAGCCCUAACGGCUACUUCUGCAUCUGGGGCAGUAACAAAUUCAAAUAUCACAUCUACUGGUUCACGGAACCCGCCAACACACCAGAAAAAGGAAGAGAGUUUUUCCAUGAUCAACGAAGAUGUGGUUGAAGAAAUCUUCUCCGAAAUAUCCGAAGAGUUAGCGUCUUUUCUUAAGGCUUGUUUCUAGAUUAUCGAUGGAGAAUUAAUUCAUUUUCCGUAUCAGUUACAAUUCUCUCUCAGUUACAGUAUCCAUCUUCAACAUGUUUCAUUCUCGGAGUCAUUUGAGACCGAAAGUACUAUAAUCACUAUAAGGUGGGUAAAAGACGAGGAAGAUAAAGUAACUACAUGAUGAACAAUGAUCGAUGGAUCACUAACACCCCACAAUCUGCAUCUUCUAAUUUUCCCGCCAGAGAUCACAGUACGCACAGUGUGGCUAGCCAGAGCUAUGUCGACGACUUUGAGGAAGGGGAAGAGUCAUCAGUGGCGGCGAUGUCCUCACGGAGUAGCACGAAGGAAAGGAUGCUUUUGCCACCUAGUAGUCCCCAAAAAGCAGGCACGACGAUGACUUCUUUACUCUCGAGUGCAAAUAUCACGCCCAUCAUCGGAGAGAACGAAGAGGACGAGGGAUCCGGUGGGAAAAAGAAGUUUCAGCCUGCGAGUAGAACAGCAGCCCACGAGGAAGGCGGCGGAGGCAGUUCUUCAUCCUCCAGUUCGAAGGCUCAGCGAUCCUCAUCGAGUAAAACCAAAAGCAGGAACAGAGAUAGGCACACCGUGGGUUACGACUUUUGAAGCUUAAAGGGGAAUAACUGGAGCUUAGUACUCCUACUCCUUUCAAUAAGUCCCUUAAAGUUUCAAUAAUAUACUGGAGCUUGGUACUCCUACUCCUUUCUUUUUCUGAUUCAUCUGAGUACCUACUCGUACCUCCUCCUCGUUCCUUAGAUCUUACAGUAGAAUUGAAAAACUACAAUCUACGCACCGAGCUGCUCCAGCUCUAAUCUCCGACAAGAACCCGCGGAGACUCGCAUAGUAGUAGGACAGCUGCAGAUACUAGGAAAAACUUUCUGGGUUCUCCAGACGAGGGAUAUCUCUCAGCACAGAGUUCCCCAGUUCUAUCAGAGCAAUACGGAUUAGGAGGUGGUGCUACGCCGUCCUCCGGAAGUCAAGAACAAGACAGCAGAACGAGUGAACACGACCAGAUGUCACACGGUGGAUCAGGACAUCAACGGACGCGCCGUGACGGUGGUCGAGGAGGUGAACAACGAUCACCUGGAACUUCAAAUCUUCAAAGACCGAAAAACGCGAAGCAUGCAUCAGCAUCAGCCUCUAGUACUAGCAAGCGGAAAAUGAAUUCUGCUUCAUCUUCUAGCUCAUCUAGUAAGAACUCUACUCUAGUAGGUGGAGGUCAUCAACAUCAAGGUCCCGGUCUGUCUAGUCCUAAGAGCGAGAUGGCAAUACAAACUGAACCAGCGGGGCCUCUAGGACGUUCCAGUGGGAGUAUGCAUCAUAGUAUGAUGAUGUAUCCACCACCGUAUCCACCACAUCCACUACAAGCUCCUCAUAUGUAUCAUCAACAUCACAGUAGCUCUAUGCAGCAUCAUCUAGAUGCAUCUACUGGAGGAGGAGACCACCUUCAUCAAUCAGGAGGAGACUUGCAGGGUUGUGGGCCAUCGCGAGUAGAUGGCCAUUACUCGUCUUACAUGCAGCAUCCUUAUCCACCUCCGCAUCCUUAUCCUCCACCUAUGAUCAUGCCACCGUAUCCGGGGUAUCCACCUUACUUAAGGCUUGACGAGAAAAUCCAUCUUACCCAACAUCUUCGCUGCGUUUUGAAGGGAAAACGGGGACCAAGAUGCUGAAUGCGAUGGAUUUACUCAAGGAAGGUCUAACUUACACAGGCGCAGCCGCGUAUCACCCUGCAUAUGGCCCACCGCCACCAUGUCAUGGUGCUGGGUAUCCGCCACCCUAUCAUCAUGGAGCCCCGUAUGGGCAUCCCCCGCCUUACGCCGGAUACUACAGUUCACCACCAUCACAUUUGGGUCUUUCUGCUAUGUUAGAAUCUGAUAUCCGAAGAAGCGAGGCUAGACGAGGAGCAUUCAGAGGAGCUGUUGGUAAUUCGUGCUCUUUCAUAUUUUCGUACGCUAAAAAUAAAGCGGGAUCGGGAAUGAAAUUCUUGAUUAGUACGACUGAACGACAACAGCCUGUAGUUCAACACCUACUUUAUAGAAGUACAACAUCAUGAUUCAUCACAAUCACAACCAGCACAAGUGUUCUUGUCUCCUUCUAACUCCUUCUAAAUCCUCACGAGCUAUUAAAUCAAUUGCUCUAUUUGAUGUACAUGUAGGUGCUUCAGCCCGACAGGCCUGGACGGAGAGUUUUCAAUUGCGAAAAAAAGGAGAGCAACACGAAAGCACCUGCACUUUGAAAAUUGCUCCUCCUGGUUCUUCUAGUCAUCAACCUGGUACAACUGCGGAGAUGUGCAUUGAUGACCCGCCUCCAUCGAAGGGUUCCGCGACAGUUGGAGGUACUAGCCCUCAUGUGGUGGAAGCGGAAGGUCAGGAGAAUCUUCAAGCUGGUCAUCAAAAUCAUGAAACAAAGGGAAAGGAGAAGAACAAAGGGGAAGGAGAAGAACAAGAUGAAGGCCUUCCAACUAGUACUCGCAACAAGGAACAGGACUUCCCCUACCCACCUCCUCGAUCGGACCAACCGGCUUUAGGGCCGUUACAGGAACCUCUUGUGCGCGCCCUAGAAAUGGUCGAUGAGACAUUUGUAGAUCAAUUCCGACUCUUGAGGAUUCAAUCGGCUAUGCACCGCGAAAGAAUGGCGGCGCUGCAAGACCGCCGUCCCGGAUACAGAUAUACUACUAGUUAUGGCCGGGCAAAGGCUACUAUUGUCUGCAGAAGCCGAAGAACACUAGUAUCUCUAGCUUCAUACAACCACCUUGACCUUUUCUGCGGUUUUCAGUUAGCGCAACAGACGAGAAGAAUUUUAUUUGUUCUAAGUUGUAGUUCAUUCUAAACGCUUGCCGAUGUACGUCGCAUGAUUGAGGAGCAGACGGAGCGGCUAAACCGGGCAUUGGGUAGGUGAUGCAUUUUUUUUGAUUGCCGCGAACUUCUCAAAUAACUCGUCUUCAAUGUAUUAUGAUCAAUAUGGGUUUUAUUUGAUCUUUUUUUUGAUUUGCUUUCUUUGAUUCAUUUCUGUUCGCAAUUGGCUAUAAUUUCGCAGCGAAAGCAAACAUCAUCAUGAACAACGUGAUUCAACUAAAGUCUUAUUUCGUGUACUACUACGUCUACAUCUACUACGCUAAUGCAUUUGCAUAUCGAUUUGAACACGAGGCUUGAGCCGCUUCUUGAUUUUGAACAUGAUUGAAGUAGAAUACUACAAUUAGGGAAGAUGAAAUCAAUGCCUUAUUUGUGAAUUUGCCUCUUCGCGAAUCUUGAAUUUGCCUUAUAUUUGCCUCUUCGAAUAUUGAAUUUCUUUGAACUUUGCUGAACAAGCUGUAGGGGUCUUUCGUUCUUGAGAUUCUUCUUAGUGAAGAGAGCAG